UGCCUCUGCUAAACUUUGACACCAUUUGUGUGACAUGGAGCCAGACGGGGACCUAAACCCCGACACGGAUGACCUUCCACUCCGAGCCAAUACUAACCACAUACUUGUCAGGCAUUAUGCGCUGGACCUGACUGUUCAUUUUGACAGGAAGGUCAUCAGUGGUAGUGCUGUUCUAUUCCUGGAGCCUUGCUUUGGUCUGGGAACUAAGGCUAAGGAUGACAUUGGACCUGGAAUUGGUGUGGGAGCUGGGACUGUAGAGCCUGUAGAGAAGAUGUUUGGCCCUAAAGAGAGAGAUGGAGAUGAAUUUCAGGCUCUGUCUGGGGUUGGGUCACAGACUGCGACUAGAACUGAAACUGUUCAGUCUUCACAUUUGUGGGAAACCACCAGUGACGACGAUUUCACCUUAGUGCUGGACUGCUGUGACCUCAAUGUGUCAAAGGUUGAAGAGGUGGACGUCACCUCUGUGUCAGCCAUGUCUAGCCUCCUACCAGGGGAUGCAUCUGAGAGAUCUGGGGACCUUUCAGUGAACCCACAAGCAACCUUUAUUCAGACCCUUAUUUCCAGUCCCUCUAGCCAAUGGAGGCAGAGGAACCAGCUUUUUUCGCUGUGUAGCCGUUCCCCUGGUGCUCAGGAUGGCAGCUCACUGCAUUUUCAUAGGGACCGAUGGAGUCUGCAGGUGAGGAAGAAGGGGGUCGCAUCGCCUCAGGAGUUCCCUCAUGCCCUCAGGAUCUGCUAUGAGACAAAGCCAACGGGAGGCUCUGUGAGGUGGACUAAAGAUCAGGACAACAGGGUGUGUGUUUACACUGCCGGCUCUCCCAUCAACAAUCGAGCCCUCUUCCCCUGCCAGGAGCCGCCUGUUGCCAUGUCAACAUGGCAGGCAACAGUACGGGCCCCCAGUGAGAGUGUGGUUUUGAUGAGUGGGGAGGAGCAGACUGUACCUAUUGAGGAUGGGGACACAUGUUUCUUAAUCUGGAGUUACUACGUCACUAUGCCCAUGCCUGCCUCCACCUUCACCUUGGCAGUGGGCCACUGGCGCCAAGUCACUGCAGAAAUUCCCCAGGCAUUGGAGGCAGGGGUGAGGGACAGGACGGAUUGUGGCGAGCCGGCCAAGCUCGGGGCUGGACCUGGGGAAUGGACUGAGGCUAAGCUCGUGUCUGGACUUGGAAGCUCUACCAGCGAAGUAGUAAAGGGCUCUCCACUCCAGACUGGCAGAGACCAGACCACCCGCUCAGACUCUGCAUUCUGGUACUCUUCCCUUGAGGAUGAGGGGCUCUCUGUAACUGAUUACUCAGCCAUGGUGGAUGACGGCAUCUCUUGUUCCCAUGGUGACUACCCUUGCCGAUUUGCUGAGCGGUCGGCUAGGUCCCAGCGGGUGAUUCCUCACCGUGUGUUUGGCCCCGUCUGCUUGCUGCGGAAGGCCCAGACAAUCCUCAAGCUGUUGCCUCGAUGUUUGGCUGCAGCCCACACCAUUCUGGGGGUUCACCCAUUUCCCCGCCUUGAUGUUCUCAUCGUCCCAGCAGGGUUCUCCAGUCUGGGCAUGGCCAGCCCCCAUAUAAUUUUCCUGUCCCAGAGUGUUUUGUAUGCUGGGAGUGCUGGUUCUCGGGACUGCGACCUGUCUCUGUGUGGGUCCAGGAUGUGCCAUGAGAUCGCCCACUCCUGGUUCGGCCUGGUUAUCGGAGCCAGAGAUUGGACUGAGGAAUGGAUCAGCGAGGGCUUUGCCACCUACCUGGAGGACAUAAUCUGGGCCCAAGCACAACAACUCUCCAUGCAAGAGACAGCAGAACAGUCUGACCUGAAGGCGCUGCUGAGGUGGAGACGACUCUCUGAUGAGUUAAAGAACUCAGAGGAGGCACUUCAAAUCCUCAGACCUAACAUGGAGAACACUGGUCAGGUCAGUGAGUCUGGCUCCUCCACAGUUAAACAUGCCCUCAACCCUGACAAAGCCUUCAUGCAAGUCCACUACCUCAAGGGUUACUUCCUCCUCAGGUUCUUGGCCAGUCAAGUGGGAGAGCAACAAUUCCACGACUUCUUCAGAUUAUUCGUGAAGAAAUAUCACGGCCAACUCAUUUUAUCUCAGGAUUUCCUGCAAAUGCUGCUGAUUGCCUUUCCCGACAUGGAGAGAAAAGGCCUCACCCUCAGUGCUAUUUAUGCUGACUGGCUCGAUCAACCGGGAAUUCCAAAGUGGCUGUAUGAAAGGAGCGCCGUGUGGUCACAGGCGAGGCUGGUGGAAGAAGUCAAAGCAGAGGUUGUAAAAUGGAUUCUCCUCAGUCAGAGUCAUCAGGGGAAGGGCAGAAAGCGGAAGAGAAUAGAGCCCAAGGUGAACUACAAAGAGGUGACGUCGGAGCAGCUUGUGAUGCUUUUGGAGCUUCUGCUCGAGGAAGAGGAGCUAAGCGAGGCGACAGUGCGCGCCCUGCAGAGAACGUACGACCUACAGAAUCGAGACGCUGAGGUGCGACAUCGCUGGUGUGAGCUGGUGGUCAAACACGCGUACACUCAGGCUUACAGAGACGUGGAACACUUUCUGGUUCAUGACCAAGCCAUGGGUGUGUAUCUGUACGGGGAGCUGAUGGUUCAGGAGUCCCCUGAGCAGCAGGCUCUGGCCUCACGGUGCCUCUCAUUGGUCAAGGAAGAAAUGGACCAAUCAGCACGCAGAGUGGUGGAGGAGAUGGUCCUAUGACAUUAGAGGUUGCUGACUACAGACGGAGAUGACAGGAGUUUGGCACACGGGUGUACGGGAGGUCCAGCACUCACCUCCUCUUCCUCUGCAGGAGAGGGGACGCUGCAGAAUCACUCAGCAGUGUGAACACCAGAAGGCUCUGCACUUACUCUACAGCCAAGGCCAACUGGCAAGUUUUAGAGCACAGCAGUUCUGUUCAUUCAAGUCUAAAGAAAUGGAUGAUGUGUGUGUGCGUGUGUGUGGACCAGUAAUGAUACAAGCUGUUCCUAGUGAGAAAUGAAGUUGUUGACUGCAUUAUUGUUGUGGUAAGAAAGAAAAAAUACAUAAUUUCACCUGUUUUAAAAUGUUAGAUCACAGAGAAAGACGCUGCGCCUCCAUCCACGUUUAAGAACCUGGGCUGCUCUGUUUGAAUUAGUCUGUGUGUGGCUGUGUAGGUGUGAGUUCAUGUCUGUUUAGUCUGAAACCAUGAUCUGGUUCUUUAGAGUUUAGACUGGAAAUACCUCCAGGUGAGUCAUGUUUUUACACAUAACAAAUUACUUCACUCAGGCCUGCAACAACUCUGGAAAAUAUACACCUGAUGACUCUCGGGCAUUUCUAUACGUGUAAAUUCUGUUUUUCCUCUGUAUGAUUUUAAGUUGAAAUAUUUGAUAUGUUGAUAUUAAAAUAAAAUGUUUUCUUA